CGAAUAGCACUAUAAUACUGACCUUACGGCCUACCGUUCUCAAAUUUGCUUUCACGUUCUCCAAAAAAGCAAAGUUGCUACAAUUUCUCUUUCAAUUCAGCAUUCGAGAUGCCUUCCUCAAUACUCUCCAACAUGGCAGCAUCUCAUCUACCUCACAUAUCUCUCAAAACCGCCAUCGUUCAACCUGGGAUGUCCAAAUCACCCCCCUUCACCUCAGAAGUCCCGGGUUCUCCCCAAGUAGACGGCGAGACCAUCCCGCGUCGAAACGCCAAAUUCGUCAACUCCCUCGUCUCCCGUCCAUGUGGAGAAGUAUCCACGCUUUUCGACAUACUGCUCCGCUCAGCUGAGAAAUUCGGAGACUUGGAGGCCAUGGGAACGAGGAGGUUGAUCGAGACACAUUUUGAGAUUAAGAAGGUGAAGAAGGUGGUUGAGGGUGUGGAAAGGGAGGCAGACAAGAAGUGGGUUUUUUUUCGAGAUGGGGGAGUUUGAGUUUGAGAGUUUUGGGGGGUAUGUGGGACGGUGUUUAAAGUUGGGUGCUGGGUUGAGGAAAUUGGGACUAGAGCCAGGGGAAAGGGUGCAUGUUUUUGCUGCUACGAGUGCAAACUGGUUGGCUGUGUCUCACGCUGCAGUCACACAAUCAAUGCCAAUCGUAACCUCCUACGCCACCCUCGGCGAAGAAGGCCUCACAACCUCCCUCACCCAAACCAGCGCCAAAGCAAUCUUCAUUGACCCAGACCUGCUCUCCAAACUAACCAUCCCCCUUCAAUCCGCACCAGAAAUCAAAUUCAUUAUAUACAACGACCAACACCCAGUCCCUCAAUCCGACAUCGACAACUUAAAGGCAUCUAACCCCAAGCUCAUUGUCCUCUCCCUCUCUGAUCUCGAAGAAUUGGGCGAACAAAACCCCGUGGACCCAAUACCACCACACCCCGAAGACCUCUGCUGCAUAAUGUAUACCUCGGGCACGACCGGAACUCCCAAAGGUGUCCCCUUGAAACACCGCAACAUCAUCGCCGCAAUCACCGGUCUCGAUAGCGUAUUCGCAGAAUACGUCGGCCCAUCAGACUCCGUGCUCGCUUACCUUCCACUGGCACAUAGCUUCGAGUACGCAUUUGAAAACGCUUGUCUUUACUGGGGUGUGAAAAUGGGCUACGGCUCUCCGCGUACAUUAUCCGAUACCUCGAUGCGGAAUUGCAGCGGGGAUAUCAAGACGUUCCGCCCCACAAUUUUGGUUGGAGUGCCAGCUGUCUGGGAGACGAUCCGCAAAGGCAUUGAAGAGAAAGUCUCGAGGUUGGGAUGGGUGAAGCGGAAUCUAUUCUGGGGCGCACUGUGGUUGAAGGCGGCGCUUUGUGUACUUUUCCUUCCGGGCCCGGGACUCCUUGAUAAGGUGGUAUUCAGGAGUGUAAAGGCAGAGAUGGGGGGACGGCUGAGGGCGUGUUUUAAUGGUGCAGGACCGUUGGGGAGAGAUACGAGGCGGUUUAUUAGUUUUGCGGCCGCGCCGUUGGUUAGUGGGUAUGGGUUGACUGAGACGACUGCAAUGGGAGCACUCCAAGACCCUCUCCAAUGGACGGACGACACACUGGGCUCCAUCCCAGCAUCCAUCGAAAUCAAACUCGUCGAUUUCCCCGACGCAGGCUACUUCGCCACCAACUCCCCACCACAAGGAGAAAUCCUGAUCCGCGGUGAUUCCGUCAUGGACGGCUACUAUGGCCCCUCGGCAUCAGAGAAUGAAGGCGUGAUCAUGAAAGAUGGCUGGUUCAGGACGGGCGAUAUUGGGGAGUGGGAUGCUAGGGGUCAUUUGAAGAUUAUUGAUCGGAAGAAGAACCUGGUUAAGACGUCGAAUGGGGAGUAUAUUGCACUCGAAAAGCUUGAGAGUAUUUACAGAGCAGCGAACAUCGUCUCAAACAUCUGCGUCUUUGCCUCACCUACACGCUCAAAAUCCAUCGCAAUCGUCAUCCCAGACCGCAAACUGCUCCAGAAACUCGCCUCAACCAACAACCUCCGCCCACGACCACACGAACAGCUAGUGCACGACCCAGAGGUUAGAGAAUUGGUACUUAAGGAGUUACAAAGCGUGGGUAGGAAGGCGGGGUUGGCUUCUUUUGAGAUCAUUGAGGGUGUGGUGUUGGCGGAGGAGGAGUGGAGUAGUCUGAAUGGGUUGCUGACACCAGCGCAGAAGCUGGCGCGGAGGAAGAUUGUGCCGCUUUAUCAAAGGGAGAUUGAUGGCGUUUAUGGGAAGACGAAGUCUGUAUUGUAAGUUUUAGGAUAUGCAAUUUCAUCAUCGUUGCAUCUGAGCACGGGACUUUUGUCACCGAUGCAUUCGUGGGACGCCGAUUUAUGGAGCAUUAUCGAAAAUCAUUCCUGGAGUUUGGAAAAGUGCAUAGGCCUGAGUUUUUUAAGCAUCUAGCCUAUCUCUCAAAAGGCUUGAAAUUUACUCUACAUAAUCAUGAGUCUUAUUUUAUACAUAAUCUU